GUGUUCGAAAGUCUCCCGUCACGGACUUUCUUCUGCUUUUGCGUUGCAACGUACGUACACUACACCUUCGCGCGCAAUCAUUCAUAGGGCAUCCUACAGCCUCUCGUACUACAUAAUGGCAGGGCUCAGCUCAACCAUCUACAACACCUUUUUCCGCAGCAAUGCUGUCAUGCUGUGCACUGUAUUCACUUCUGCUUUCGCCAUUCAAAUAGCAUUUGAUGCAGGAUCGACUAAGGUGUGGGACAGCAUCAACAAAGGCCGACAAUGGAAAGAUAUCAAACAGAGAUAUAUGACACAAGAAGAGGAGGAGUAAGCCUUGCUUCCUGGUCACGAAUGCCUCUGCCAAUCCGUAAUAUAUAUUUACAUCUCAUGUAUAUUGGUGUACCAUAGCGAAGAGCUUAACAAAAGAGAAGAGCCUAGCUCGGAAUAGUGGAACAUCAAUUUUGCCUCAUUGAGCUAACUUUCGCCUUGAGCACUUUGCAACUUCCGGCACAUUACAUUUAAGCAUAUGCUACAAAUUAUGCACAGGCUCAAGAUACGUAGCCCAUUAUGUAAGUUUGGCCAUAUGUAAAAGUGAUGGAGGGCUUGUGAUGUCUUACAAAGGACUAUUUUACUACCCAUAUCGUAUACGCUGGACAAAAUACAAUCUGAU